AUGGGAAAUAAUCAAUUGGCCGUGAGUGGAUCUCUUCAAGAACUCCACUUGCAGGAUUUGGCCGAGGGAUUGGUUCAAGAUCACACAUUAGGAGGAGGUAGAUUAUUAAAAAGUGUGCAAUGUUGGACUGAAGAGGGUAUGCCAGUCGUUGUUAAAGUAUAUUUGAAAAAGGAAGAUGAUCCACCACUGGCGUUGGCACCCCAUCAUGCAAAAUUAAAACUACUCAAUGAAAAACUUAGUCUCCGAUCACAACCAAAUGUUUUAAGUUAUAAUAGAAUGGUAGAAACUGACAAGGCUGGUUAUUUGGUGAGACAAUUUUGUUAUAGUAAUUUGGCUGAUAGAAUUAGUACUAGACCGUUUUUUAGUUCUAUUGGAAAACGUUGGAUCGCUUUUCAAAUACUUGAAGGGUUGAAACAAAUACACAAAUUGGGAAUUUAUCAUGGAGAUUUAAAAGCUGAUAAUAUUAUAUUAACAGCGUGGGAUUGGGUCUUUUUAACUGAUUUGGCUCCUUUUAAACCUUCUAGAAUACCUGAUGAUGAUCCAUCAUUCUUUUCCUAUUAUUUUGAUACAUCGGGAAGAAGAAUUUGUUUGUUGGCUCCUGAACGUUUUUGUCCUUCUUCAAACACAAACACUAAUAUUUAUUUAAAUAAUAACAAUGGACUUGCACCAAAUUCAAGUAAUAGAUUGGCAAGAGAUUCAUCUUUUAUUAUGGUUGACAUUAAUGGAGUUGAUCAAAGUGUUACUGUAAUCGAAGAAAAUACUCAAUCUUCAACAAAUGUCAAUCCUAAUAAUGGUGAAGAAUUAACAGAAAAGAUGGACAUAUUCAGUGUUGGAUGUGUUAUUGCACAACUCUUUCUUGAUGGAGAAGCUCUCUUUGAUUAUUCACAAUUACUUGCAUAUAGAAAGGGAGAUACUGAACACUUUUCAAAAUUAAUGGAAAGAAUCGAUGAUAAGGAUGUAAGAGAAAUGAUAUCACAUAUGUUAGAUUUAGAUCCUAAUAAGAGAUUUUCAGCAGAGGAGUACAUUAAAAAGUACACUCCAAGAAUAUUCCCAAAUUAUUUUAAAUUUAUUCAUGAAAGUGUAAUGAUACAAAUGUUAGAAAAGAAUUGUGACAAGAGAAUACAAACUAUUGAGAAUAUGUAUGAUAUGAUUAUUUCUAAAAUUUCUGAAAAUGAAACUCAAGAAAAUACCUUAUCUAACAACACAUCCUCUACAAUUACUUUAUCAAGUAAUCAUUCUUCAAGUAAUAACACUCAAAAUUCUGAAAGUAGUAGUAGUAGUGGUGGAUCUAUGGUUCAUAAGAAUUCCUUGCUAGACCUUAUUCAAAAUACGCAAGCAUUUGGAGAAAGGAAUCUUUCAGAGACCAAUGUUGGAUUGACAAGUACAAAGCAACAAGAAAAAUCCACCAAUAAUAAUAUCAUUGAAAAGCUUGUUGAAAGAAGAAAGUUAACUCAAAAAUCUGAAAGUAGUCAAAUCAACUCUCAUGAAGGAAUUGAAAUUAUUGCCACUCUACUUUGUUCCAGUGUAAGAAAUGCUCAAAGUGUUAGUGUUCGUGUUCAAGGUUUAGAUUUAAUGAAAAAGUUAGCUGAUUUUUCAUCCAACUAUACCAAAUUGGAAAGACUCAUUCCAUACACAUGUUCACUUUUGAAUGAUCAGGCCCCACUUGUUAAAUCAAAAGCUAUAGACACUCUUACUUAUAUUCUCGCAAAAAUAACAGCAUUUUCAGCUAGUGAGUCCAAUUUAUUUAAUGAUUACAUUCUACCAGCACUGAGAAUAAUUUCAACUGACAAGUCAGAUUUGGUUCGUGUCACUUUUGCUGAAAAUUUGCCAUUACUCGCUUAUCAAGCAAGAAGAUUUUUGGAAAUGAGUCAGAUCAUCAAACAAAAUAUGACUACCCAAGUUAUGGUAAAGGGAACUUAUGAUACUGAUUUGAAUUCAUUACAGGAUGAAAUUGCCUCGAUUGUUCUUGAACUUUCUAUGGAUCAAUGUACACCUGUGAAGGUAGCACUUUUAAAGAAUAUUACACCAUUUUGUAUGUUUUAUGGUAGGAGAAAGACAAACGAUUUUGUACUACCUAUGGUCAUUACAUUCUUAAACUCUCGUCAAUGGAGACUGAGACAUGCCUUUUUUGAACAAAUUGUUGGCAUUUCUGUAUAUGUUGGUCCAACUUCAUUGAAGGAAUUUAUUUUACCUUGUAUUAUGCAAGCAUUGUACGAUGUACAAGAGUUUGUUAUUGACCAAGCUCUUAAUGGAUUGGUAACUUUGUGUGAGUUGCAAAUGUUUGAAAAAUCAACAAUUGUAGAUAUUGCCAAGAAGGUUUCAUUUUUACUUUACCAUCCAAAUACUUGGAUAAGAUAUAAUAGUGUUGCAUUCUUUUCUGCUGCUAGUAAGACUUUGGGAUUGGCAGAUACUAGUUGCUUCUUGAUUGAAAUUUUAAAACCUCAUUUAGAGCACGAUAUUCUCCUAGUUUAUGAAUAUUCACUUUUGGAAAGUUUGAAACAAUCGCUUCAAAGAGACAUUUUUGACAAGUCUAUCAAGAUUUUAAUGGAAGAUUUGAAUUCUCAACAAAAAUUUGAAUCCUUCUCACUUUUGAUAUCAUCCAAAAUACCAAACAUUUCAGAAGAGGACUUGAAAAAAUUAGAGAUUAUCAAACCAUAUCUUUCACAAGUUGCCAUGGCCAUACAAUCCAAGAGUUGGGAAAAUACAGGAGAAAAUAUGGAUUCUAAUAACUCCAAUUCGAGCAAUAUUAUCAAAUUGAACUUACCACUUACAAGUCAUUUCACACCAAUAGAAAGUCCUUACAUUACUUUACAAUCGAGCUCAAUUGUUAAUAAUCAAACAGCAUCCAAAUCAGCACAAUCCAAACAAUAUAAUAACGAAUGGAAUACAUUCUUUUCCAUUCCUUCUGCAAGUAAUUCAUCUGCAUCAACUAAUUCCACAGGUAAACAACCAAGUAGUAAGAAGAAAGAUGAAGAAACUCUUCCACUCAAAACAAAUCAAUCAUCUGGUAAUCCAUCCACAAGUAAUCCUGUUGGCGCCACCUCUAACCUCUCCUCUGUAACUUCACCUCUCAAAUCAGCCAAUAUUGCCAAGUGGAGACCAAAUGGUAAUUUAUUUGGUCAAUCUACAGAGCACAAGGGAUCUAUUAAUGAAAUAUCUGUUCACGAUAGUUUGUGCUGGUUUGUAACAGGUGGUAAUGAUGGCACUGUUAGAUUAUGGGACUUGACAAGUACUGAGAGAGACUUUGCCAUGAACUCGAAAAUGACCUAUACAAUCAUUCAGGGAGGAGGUAGAGUUAAUUCAGUGGGUAUAUUGAAUGUUUCUUCACCAUUGAUUGCAGCAUGUACAGAUAAGGGUUGGAUUCACGUAUUCAGUGCUGAUUUGGGUACAACCAUGUAUACUAUAACUAUUGGCGAUUCUGGUGCCAAAUUUGUACAAACAGCCAAGACUCAAGAGGCUUCUAUUAAUGUUAUCAGACCGUUCCAAAAUCAUCAACAACCACUCUUGGUGUGUGGUAAUCAAAAUGGUAUUAUUGUUGGUAUUGAUCCAAGAUGUGAAAGAGAGGCAUUCUCAUGGAAAUCAAAACAAUCACUUGAACAAGGACCAAUUUCUGAAAUUUGUUGUGGUGAUAUGAAUGAGCCUUGGAUCUUAUCCUCCACAAAGAGAGGUUAUGUAACUUUGUGGGAUUUGAGAUAUCAAAUAAGUGUAACAAAUAAUAGAAUUACUGAAAGUGCCAUCAAUAGAAUUUGUAAAGCAUCUCCACUCCAAAAAACCUCCAGUAUGGCACCUUCUGUAUAUAUUGCAUCACAAAAUAGAGAAGUAGAUUUGUGGAAUUUGGAAACUCAAUCUACCUUACUCAAAUUCAGAUGUUCUGAUAGUUCUAGAAAGCAAAAGAGUAAUAACACUACUCCAAAUACCAAUCCAAUGACUACAAAUGCCACUACAGUAACAUCAAAUUUGACUGGUGUAAGUGAUAGAUUUGCUAUUGGAGAAAUUCGUAAAAUUAUGAAGGACAGAACAAAACACUUCCAAGAAGAACCAACUUUUGAUGUAAAUGCAUUAUAUGUCAAUGAAUUUGAUGGCUCAUUCUAUUCUGGAAGUAGUGACGGUAUUAUCAGAUUCUGGGAUACUAACACUAUUGAGCAAAGUUAUGUUGUCAGUGGAGCUCAACAACAGCAACAAGCAUUUAUUUAUUCUGCCAAAAAGGAAGACAAGUACACAGUUUACUCAGAAGAAGCUGUUCCAUUCAAUAAGGGUGAUAUUCUGACAUCUACAAGUGCCAGUAGAAGGGGAGGAACAUUCUCUCAACCUGUACAAACUCAUCAUUUGGAUACAAUUACUGAUAUCAAGAUUGUCUCUGGUGUAUCUAAAGGCCACUUCCAACCAUUACUAUUGACAAGCUCUAGAGAUGGUAUACUUAAGGUUUGGAAGUAAUAAUAUGUUUAAUAAACCUCGAGUACAUUAC